AUGACCUGGAGUGGACUCGGAAGAGAUCGAUCAGGCUGGAGUUCUACGCUGGGUGGGGCCGCCACAUGGGGAUUACAAAACUUUACACUGAACUGCAAAAAAACGGUACCGGUUCACUCAAUGAAAAUCCUGGACCCUGGAAACCCUGGACCAUGUCUACUACAUAGACAACUCACAAUGAAGCUAUUCUUUUUACCACAAAUACAAGAACCACGAAAUGAAUAA